AUGAUGACACCAAACGCUUCAUUCAGUAUUCAAGUCCAUCAGGAACAAAUGCAAAUGACGGGUUUGGGAACAACCGGUAAGAACACACUUCGUGGAAGAAUGGCGACCGGUCUACAAGUAUCCCUUUUUUAUCGCGCGUACCGAUCAUGUCUUCCCUUGUUUUCUGAAACUUUAAAGGCUCUGAAGGGCAACUCGGUCAGACAGUUCACUGAUGCAUGCGAGAAGGAAAAGGUAGGAAGGACCGAUGAUGAUGAUGAUGAUGAUGAUGAUGAUGAUGAUGAUGUUGAUGAUGGUGAUGAUGAUGAUGAUGAUGAUGAUGAUGAUGAUGAUGAUGAUGAUGAUGAUGAUGAUGAAAGAUGA